CUGGCAAAUCGUAACCGUGAUUUGACAUCUCCUUUGCGAAAGUUCAAAAGCUUCCUAACAUUCGAUACAAAUUUGCACAGACCAGCGUCACACAGCAACUCCCAUCUGAUCCCUACAUCACAUGGCUUUUGUUUCAUGAUGGGAAAAAUAGAUGGUAUCAAAGUGAUAAUAAUUAAUUUUAAAGAAAUAAAUUAAAUUAAACAAAUUAGUGAAUUAAAAAAAUGAUUGGUCGAUAAUAAUAGUGAUAAAUAUAACAAUUUUCUUUUUAACAGAACUGGAAUAGUCAUUGGAUACAAAUCUCUAAUUUAAACGCUAGGUAAUCAGCUGCGCUCACUCUCCACACGCCUUUCUCAAAAAGAAAAAAGAGCCAGAACUUGGACAUGAAUUUCUUCUGCUAACUGGUUACUGCCAUUUUUUUUUUUUUUUUACGUUAACUCCUGCGAUCUUUGAUGGCGGUCUCAUCUUCAGCUUCUUCCUCUCUCUUAAGGGCAGCGUCUUCAUACUCUCGAACUCGGUUCUUUCAUUCUUCGUUUCGGAAUCUCAGUCCAAGCUCUCCUUCGCUUCUCAAUCACCAACGAUCUCUUGCCUCCGCCGCCGUUCGUUCCUUCCAUUGCUCUCCGCGAUGGAGCCACCGUCUCGAUUGGAGAUCUCCUUUUAGCCUUCGUGCUCAGGUCAGAGCUGUUAAUCCAGUCAUCGAACGGCUUGAGAGGAAGUUUUCCACUAUGGCUGCUGAACAUCCUUUUAAGGCAGUCCUGACCAGUCUUCCAAAGCCAGGUGGUGGCGAGUUUGGAAAGUUCUAUAGCUUGCCUGCCCUGAAUGAUCCGAGGAUUGAUAAACUGCCCUACUCUAUCAGAAUCCUGCUUGAAUCUGCGGUUCGUAACUGUGACAACUUCCAAGUCAAGAAGGAGGAUGUUGAGAAAAUUAUUGAUUGGCAAAAUACAUCACCAAAGCAAGUAGAAAUCCCCUUCAAGCCAGCUCGUGUGCUCUUGCAGGAUUUCACUGGAGUGCCUGCUGUGGUCGACCUUGCUUGUAUGCGUGAUGCUAUGCACAAGCUUGGCAGUGAUACAAACAAGAUUAAUCCUUUGGUUCCGGUAGAUCUUGUCAUUGAUCAUUCAGUUCAAGUUGAUGUAACAAGAUCAGAAAAUGCAGUGCAAGCAAACAUGGAACUUGAGUUUCAGAGGAACAAGGAAAGGUUUUCUUUCCUUAAAUGGGGAUCUACUGCCUUCCAUAAUAUGCUUGUUGUUCCUCCCGGUUCUGGUAUUGUGCAUCAGGUUAAUCUGGAAUAUCUUGGACGAGUUGUUUUCAACACCAACGGCGUGCUUUACCCUGAUAGCGUGGUUGGAACUGAUUCCCAUACAACUAUGAUAGAUGGUCUUGGAGUAGCUGGCUGGGGAGUUGGUGGUAUUGAAGCUGAGGCAGCCAUGCUUGGUCAGCCUAUGAGCAUGGUUUUGCCUGGUGUUGUUGGAUUCAAGUUAUUUGGAAAAUUAAGAAAUGGUGUGACAGCUACAGACUUGGUUCUAACUGUGACACAAAUACUGAGGAAGCACGGUGUUGUUGGCAAAUUCGUUGAGUUUUAUGGGGACGGUAUGAGUGAACUUUCAUUGGCUGACAGGGCUACCAUUGCUAAUAUGUCUCCUGAGUAUGGUGCAACCAUGGGAUUCUUCCCUGUAGAUCAUGUUACUUUGCAGUAUCUGAAAUUGACUGGCCGAAGUGACGAAACUGUGGCAAUGAUAGAAUCAUAUCUCCGUGCAAAUAAAAUGUUCGUCGACUACAAUGAGCCCCAACAAGAAAGAGUGUACUCAUCAUAUCUAGAAUUAAACCUUGCUGAAGUUGAACCCUGUAUAUCUGGACCAAAGAGACCACAUGAUCGGGUUCCUUUGAGAGAAAUGAAGAGUGAUUGGAAUUCUUGUCUUAAUAAUAAAGCUGGUUUCAAGGGCUUUGCUGUGCCAAAAGAGGCACAGGACAAAGUGGCAAAAUUUUCGUUCCACGGACAGCCAGCAGAGCUCAGGCAUGGCAGUGUUGUAAUUGCUGCUAUUACGAGCUGCACCAAUACAUCAAAUCCUAGUGUCAUGCUUGGGGCAGGACUUGUUGCAAAAACGGCUUGUGAACUUGGUUUACAGGUCAAGCCUUGGAUAAAGACAAGUCUUGCACCAGGUUCAGGAGUUGUUACAAAAUAUUUACUGCAGAGUGGGUUGCAAGAAUAUUUGAAUAAGCAGGGCUUCCAUAUUGUUGGAUAUGGCUGCACAACUUGUAUUGGAAAUUCAGGAGAAUUGGAUGAAUCAGUUGCCUCUGCUAUUUCAGAAAACGACAUUGUAGCGUCUGCUGUACUUUCUGGGAACCGGAAUUUUGAGGGUCGUGUUCAUGCCUUAACAAGAGCCAACUACCUUGCUUCACCUCCUUUAGUGGUUGCAUAUGCCCUUGCUGGCACGGUUGAUAUUGACUUUGACAAGGAGCCAAUUGGAACUGGGAAGGAUGGUAAGAGUGUCUAUUUCAAGGACAUCUGGCCUUCUACUGAAGAAAUUGCAGAGGCUGUCCAAUCCAGUGUCUUGCCAGAGAUGUUCAAAAGUACUUACGAGGCUAUUACAAAGGGCAAUCCCAUGUGGAAUCAGCUAUCAGUGCCUUCUUCCACUAUGUACUCAUGGGACCCCAACUCAACCUACAUUCAUGAGCCUCCAUACUUCAAGAACAUGACCAUGGAGCCUCCUGGAGCCCAUGGCGUGAAAGAUGCUUACUGCUUAUUGAACUUUGGUGACAGUAUCACAACAGAUCACAUUUCUCCUGCAGGAAGUAUCCAUAAAGACAGUCCUGCUGCAAAAUUCCUACUUGACCGUGGGGUGGAGCGCAAGGACUUCAACUCUUAUGGAAGUCGUCGCGGUAACGAUGAAGUGAUGGCACGUGGAACUUUUGCUAACAUUCGCCUUGUGAACAAGCUGUUGAAUGGGGAAGUUGGCCCAAAAACGGUACAUGUCCCUACAGGAGAGAAACUCUAUGUAUUUGAUGCAGCAAUGAGGUACAAGGAUGCAGGAUAUGACACCAUUGUUUUGGCUGGAGCUGAAUAUGGAAGUGGUAGCUCCCGAGAUUGGGCUGCAAAAGGUCCAAUGCUAUUGGGAGUAAAAGCAGUAAUUGCCAAAAGUUUUGAGAGAAUCCAUCGAAGUAAUUUGGUAGGCAUGGGCAUCAUUCCACUUUGUUUUAAGUCUGGGGAGGAUGCCGACACACUAGGUUUAACCGGUCAUGAGCGUUAUACCAUAGAUCUCCCAAGCAAAAUAACCGAUAUAAGACCCGGUCAAGAUGUGACUGUCACGACGGAUAAUGGGAAGUCUUUCACCUGCACUGUCCGCUUCGACACUGAGGUUGAAUUGGCCUACUUCAACAAUGGCGGCAUACUUCCAUAUGUUAUUAGAAACCUGAUUAAGCAAUAAAUGCAUUGGCCCGGAGCCUCCAACCAUUUCUAGAUUCCCGACAAUUGUAAAAUGUGUGACGCAAAUAAAUGCUAUCAAUCACUGAUCGAUACUCUCCCAUCAAUGGGGCUUUGUAUUAGUUUUUUUACAGACAGGCAUUGUCCGUUGAUGGACGAACAACCUUUUUCGAGAAAUUUAGUAAAUUAUUUUAAUCGGCCUUGGUGGGGUUUAUUGCAUGUUUAGCUCUUUCACAACUGUGUAAUUAUUCAAUGUCUUUUACUCGGAGAUUACAACCACAAUAUUAAAUUAUGAUUGUAAUUUUGCGAUUUCAAA